UUCUUCUUUCUUCCCCAGCCUCGCCCCGCCGCUCCUCCUCUUCACCUCUGCCGAUUGGCGACUGGCGACCUGCGAUCGGCGACCCGCGACUGCCUACCCGCGACGCCGUUCCUCUUCUCUUCUUUUUUGGCGUCGCGAGUGGUGAGUGGCGACUGGCGACCGGCGAAAGGUCGAGCCCAACCCUGCUCCACUCCGCUCCGCUCCGCCGCUCCUCUUCUCUCCUACUCCGUCCUCAGCCGGCCCCCUGCUCGGGUGGCCCUCUCCUGUUCAAGAACGCGUCGCCGUGGUCGAGUCUCCCUCCGCCUGCGCGAGACAUAGGGAAGAACCAGCUCCGUAAAGCAGACAGCUCCGUUCCCACAUUAGAAAUCGGCUGAAAACAUCUACGUCGAAACAGGAUGCGCAGCAUCAUAGACACCAGCGAUGAUCCCUACGUGACGAUUUCGUUUCCUGACCGCUGCUUUUCCCGGAUCCACUAUAACGCCAAGGCCGUCGAAAACAACGGGACUGUUGUGGGGAUAAAGUGCAAAGAUGGCAUUGUCAUGGGUUUGGAGAAGCCCACCUGUAGGAAGAUGAUGUUAAGCGAUGCCGUUCAUAGGGGUGCUGGCAUGGGUUUGGAGAUGCCCGCCUGUAGGAAGAUGAUGUUAAGCGAUGCCGUUCAUAGGGGUGCUGGCAUGGCUGUUGCUGGCUUAGGUGCUGAUGUUGGAGCAAUUUUUACAAGAGUGAAGUCCGAGGCAGUCAGAUAUGAGAAAGUGUACCGUGAACCAAUCCCUGUGAAAGAACUUGCUGAACGUGUUGCUGGUUAUGUGCACUUUACUACCCUCCACUGGUGGGGUCGGCCCUUCGGUAGUGGUGUUAUUCUUGGUGGUUAUAAUAGAGGUGCACCAGAGUUGUACAUGAUUGAACCAUCUGGACUAUCUUAUAGGUAUUUUGGUGCUGCAAUUGGAAAGGGCAAGGAGGCUGCUACCAAGCAAAUUGAGAAGUUGAACCCUUCAGAGAUGACAUGCCGUGAAGGAGUUCUUGAAGUAGCCAAAAUCAUUUACGAGGUAAAUGCUGAAGUGACGGAUGGUGACUUCGAACUUGAACUGAGCUGGGUUUGUGACGAGUCAAAGAGAUUACAUAUGAAGGUUCCUGAUGAACUGCUAGAGGAAGCCAAGUCUGCUGCAAGAAAUAUGUUAUUAUCGGUGAAAGGAUAUCAUUGGGAAAUCGAUCACAAAGGGCCUUCACCGUCAAUUUUCCAAUUCCAUGAUGAUUUGCCUUGUUGAAAUGCAACUCCUGAGGCAAUUAGUUUAGUUUGAGCUAUGUAGUUUAGUCGUACAUGAGUUGUGAAUUUUGCGCUUUUGUGGCAUGAAUUCCAAAUUUAGUGAAACAUUGUGGCUGCUUCUUGUAUGGAACCUACGUGAAAGUAACUACUUAGUUGCUUGAGUCAUUUCGUUGCAGUGUAAACAAUGUUCUACUCCGUGUGAUUCAAGAACUUUCUUAGCACUCUCUUGUUGGAUCAUUUGCCAAGACUGACAAUCUUUGAAUGAUCAAAAAG